ACCUUUCUGUGCAAUAUAGCUUUUUCCCCGCGCAGGGAGGCCGACCAUGACGACACAGAUCUUUGUGUCCUCGGCCUGGACACCGCGGCCGUUAGUGGUGUUUCGUCGGGGUGCCAUCUUGGCAGAAGGUGUGCAACGUGUUGCACGAUUCGCCGAUGCGUGAUUGAUAGUGAUACAGCCCGAUGUAGAAGCGCAAAAAGUAAGGCGGGGAGGACAGGAACAGGUAGUGGUGUGAGAAUCUGGUUUGGCAAGGGAGGUGGAAGCUCGAAAGAAUCCGCUCGAGCAGAGAAUUCGGUCAGAGAGGUGUGUAGGAGUCUGUGCUGGAUGCAGCAACCGUCAUGGGCAGAGCCGUAGGUUUAGCUGCUCAAGUGGAGCCUCUGGCGGUGCAUCAAGGUCCUUGCGCGGGAAUACCCAGGUGUAGCUGGCACGACCAGCAAUGACAGUGCAGUGGAUAUCCUGGAGGGUCAGAGGGAGCGAGACGACUGAAAGAUGGACCUUCUGGUAGCCACUGGCCUUUCCGUCCGUGCAGCGAGGGCCCUGUUCAGUGCACAGCUGGGAUGUAAAAAGCUCUGCAUCUGCCGCAUUCGCCCUUGGGGCCAAGGGAUUUCGUCACCAAGCCGCCCGACCGGGAAAGUCAGGAACGGGGCAAGUGGCGCCUGGGAAGAAGGAGGGUGGGCACCCCUGGGGGGGAUGCCGGCGGUAAUUGCAGCGAGCGAGGCAGGCCCUGCCAGACACGCAGCCCACCUGCAGCUGUCGCUGUGUCUUCCAGUGCGGGGUGCCCCGCCAUCGACGGGCGCAGAGCGCGAUGCACCGAGCACAAGACACAGCAGCCAGCCCUGUCGCCGCCCUAGGCACGGCUUUCUCCCGGCCCGGAGCUGGGCGGACUGGCUCCUUUCCCCCGGAGCCGCUCCGGCUUGUCUCUUUCUUGCCCAGUGGUGGUCACGCGCGCAGCCUCAGGUGCAUGCACCGCCAAGCAGCACACGGCUUGGUGGCCGGCACGUCGCAAAGGAACAGACAGGACAGGGUCAGGGAAAGACUACAGGCACCAAGGACCCCUCGACCAACUUGAUCGUGGCCCUGGACUCCUGGAAUAGGCUUUUCGGAACGUGGCCUAGCUCGUGUCCUGGCUCUGCCGCAUUCCUGCCGUUGGGCAGCAGAUCCGAGUCCGCGGGUGGGACAGCCGUUCCACCGAAGGCCUGGUGCGGCAUGUGGCCACUAACCACAGGUUGUACAAGCCGCUCCAACUGCUGAACCGUCGCCAAGCGAGAGCCAGGAUUGGCGAUCCCUUGCUGGCUUGAUCGAUGGGGAGACCGUCGGACCAGGCAGGCAAGACCCUGGACGC